AACAACCUCGUCACAAAGUCGCCCUUCCGCUCCCUCCUCCCCCAGCCCUCGCCCCGUCGCGUCAGCGGAGAGAAGCGGCCGCGGCCCGUCUCCAUGGCCGACCAGGCGGAGAACGAGCACCCGCUCGGCUUCAAGCGCAGGCAGUCCAAGGCUUUCCAGGGCCUCCUCCAGAAGGAGCCCGUCACAAAGAGCCCCUUCCUCCGCGGCUCGGAUGCCACCCCGCCUGAAGACGACCCGCCGCCCGUGCCACCCAAGCCGCGUCCUGCGGUGAUGGCACAGUCCUCCGCCCCGUCGCCUGCGCGCCCCUCUCUGGUCACCCGCCGUCUGCACGGCCCCCGCGACGCCGGCGGUCGUCGCCAGCGCCGCAAGACCGUCACCUGGGAUCCCCGGUGCGACGUGCUCGAGUUCGACGUCGGCGAGAACGAGCACCAGGAUGUGUACUACUCCGAGGACGACUACGGCACGCCCAGCGACGAGGAGAUGCAGGACAGCUUCGAGUAUGGCCCCCCCCUGGACGACAGCAUCGUCGGCAAGAUCGACUCCAUGAUUCACGAGACCCAGCCGCAUACGCCGCCCCGGCCUGAGGACGAGCAGGAUGCGGCGCUCUUGCCACCGUCGCCCUCGCCAGCCAAGACCCGCUCCGCCGCGCCCCAUCAUGAGUACUCGGAGCCUCCGGGCGGUGCAGAUGAUCUCCCCGACGACCCUUCAUUUAUUGACCAUCUUAAAGACGAACCACCGCCAUUCAGUAGGGACGAGUCGUUCCAGUCUAUCCGAUCCAAUGACUCCGACUCCCUCGACCCAUCUAACUUGUCCAUCGGCCACUCCGAGGUCUCCCUUACCAACCUCGAUAGCCAAUCGCUCCUCGCUGACACGGACAUGCCCGUCGACCACUCGAUCAUCAGCAAUUCCCCCUUUGUUCCUCAGGCUGAUUCCUCACCUGCUGGUCUCCUACGAUCGCGCUCUCCGCCGACACAGGAGCAGUCCUUUGAACGCGGUCAUUCACGCGACCGCUCAUUCGAAGCCCGCUCGACUCCCUGCAUAAAUGCUUCGCGAUACAACUCCCCGAGGCCAGGAAGUGCAACGGGAUCUCGCUCGGGAUCUCCGUUUCAUCAACUCUUCCGGCCUGCGAGUACCUCGAGUCUUGGAAGCGUCGGCCGUCGUGUCAGCCCCUUCAUUACCCCGGAAGGCGUGCAGCAGCGCUUGCAACGGAAGAGCCAGGAGGCCCUCUUUUCCUCGGCCCGAAGUGGGAGCGGUAGCCCAGCUCCGUCACCGUCUUUAGGCAAGUCUCGUGCCGAGUGCGAAGAUGGUCAAUCUACGUCAAACGUACAAGUUGCGACGGAGGACACCGAAGCGGACACCUCUCGCGCAACCGAACCCGCCUCCGAGCUCCCAACCACCACCUCCACCUCGUUCACCCGCCCCCCGCCGCAGACACACCGCCGCGUCGCGAACCCCGCGCUCCCGCCGAUGAUGGUGCGCGGCCAGAACCCGACGCACGACGGCGUGCUCUCCAUCGACCCGGAGCCGCAGCCGAUCGACCCGCCGCGCCCGACGCUUCCUACGCGCGCACACAGCAUCGACGUCGACGCGCCCGCGCACAUGGACGCGAAGCGCGCGUUCGAGGGGCUCGACCUCGACUUCGAGCACGGGUUCGCGCUCGGGGACGAGGGCAUGAGCGUCAGCGCCGGGCUGGGCAUGCGCGCCAUGGUCGCGCGGCACGCGAGCCCGACGCCGGCGGCGCGCGAGAGCGGCGUGCACCUCGGCGACGUGAGCGCGCUGGACCGGCUGAUGGAGGACAUGGCGCAGGGCGCGCAGGUGGACCCUGGGGCGGACUUGAGUCUGCUGUCGGAGUCGGAGCUCGGGGAGCGAUCGUUUGCGAGCUUGCGCGUGGAGGCGGUCACGGAGGGCGUGCGUGCGGCGACGUUCGCGCUGCCGGACAUCGUGCAGGAUGAUGAGGAGAUGAAGAUCGAUGUGGAUGUGGGGAAUGUAAGGCCGCCGACGCCCGAGGGCGGGUGGCGGGCCGCGGGGGAGAGCAGGGUGAACGGGAAGGGGAAGGAGCGGGAGGAGGCGCCGCCGACAAAGGACGCGAUCCGUGCACGCGAGGAGCUCAUCCGCGCGAAGAAGCGCGAGGCGCGCCGGCUGGAGGAGGGCAGCGACCUCGAGGACGAGCCGCUCCUGCAGCGCAAGCCGAUGCCGCCGAUUGGCGUUGGGUCCCCGAGCAUACCGAACUUGCUGCACCCGACGGCGGCUGCGGGCGCGAGCGGGAGGCCGACAAGGAGACGGAGCAUGAGUACGGGGGAUGCGGAGGACAUCCUGACGCGGACGCCGGGCGCGAGCCAGCGGCGCGCGGCGGCGCUGCACCAGGAGGGCCUGCUCGACAUCACGGCGCUGCGCGGGGCGGACGACCCGCUGGCGGACAGCAUCAACCGGGAGCUGAAGCGGCUGGAGGCGCCGAAACGCAGCAAAUACCAUGUGAGGGAGCACUCGGAGACGAUCUACGCGUCGGCGGACGCGGACACUGUCAAGCACAUGCAGGGCGCGGGCGAUGUCGAUGCUGGGAAGGCGUGGAAGAGCGUGCGGCGGCCGUCUGAUAUGAACGAGUAUGCGAAGCAGAUCAAGGAGCUUCGUGCGCAGGCGGGUGGCAAGGCGCACGGGAAGGUCUUCGUCAGAGUGACCAACUUGAGGAACCUCCAAGUGCCGCUGCCCAGUCAGCCGACCGCCGUGACGUGCACGCUCAACAACGGGAUCCACUUCGUGACGACUCCGGAGGCUGCGUUUGGCCAAGAGUGUCGCAUCGACCAGGAGUUUGAGCUGAUCGAGCACAGCAAGCUCGAGUUCACGCUGACUAUCAAGGUCCGCCGGGACCCGCACAUCAUCGCCCAGUUCAAGGCAAAUCAGCCACCUCCCGUGGCCCGACCACCCCCACAACCACUACCGCCACCCGCAUCGAAAGGCGGCGCGCAACACAAGGGCGGCGGCAUGCGCAGCUUCCUCGGCUUCGGCUCCCCCAAGAAAGCAAAGGCCAUACUCCCGCCCCCAGCUGCACCCGCACCCACACCCCCGCCGCCGCCGCCGCAGUUCCGCCUGCAGGAGAACCUGGCGCGGUACCUGAAGCCGGACGGGUCGCUCGCGCGCGCGUUCAUCUCGUUCAAGGACGUCGCGCCGCACUGCGACACGCGCCUGCUCGAGACCGCGUUCCCGCUCAUCGGGCAGCGGCUCGAGCUGGGCGGGGGCGCGCCGAAGGCGAUGCAGGUUGGGGAGAUCGUGCUGCAGAUAUUCAGGCUGCCGCCGCUGGCGGGCAUCCCAGCGGGCCAGCUGCCGCAGAGCCUGGAGGAGUGCCAUCGCGGGCUGAGCCAUGUGCGGUGGCAUAAGGCGACGUACCAGCAGGGGACGUUGACGCAGAGUGGGGGCGACUGUGCGACAUGGCGGAGGCGGCACUUCAGGAUCAUCGGCGCAAACAUGAUCGCGUUCAACGACGUUACGAAGCGCGCGAUCACGACUAUCGACUUGCGCAAGGCGAUUGCGAUCGAGGACGACGGCUCGCCGGUGAUGAGUCCGGCGUCGGGCGUCACUGCGCGGAGCCACUACGACGACGACAGGAUGUACGGCGUCGAGCGGUCGUUCCGGAUUGUGUUUGGUCCUGGGCCUGAUCAGGAGAUCACGUUCUUUGCGGAUACGGACAUGGAGAAGCAGCGGUGGCUGGAGGUCUUGCGAGUCAUGAUUGGGCGGAUCCCGCCGAACCCGCUGUGGGCAGAGCUGUUGUGGCAGCAGCAGCAAGACCAGUCGAAGAACGUCCCCCCGCUACCAGCAGGCGCGCAGGUGCCCGCGCGAAACCCACCACGAUAGAUCUCUCGCUUACUCUCUCUCUGUCUCUUUUCAUUAUUCAUGACUCUCGUACGCUACGUCUCACGGCUCACCUCUCUCGCAUCUCAAGCAAAUACGAUUGUACGUUUACCUUUUUACGAUAGUGCGCGCUUUCUUGUUACUAUGACCUCUCUCCGACUUCUGACCUAUGUAUCUGUGUAUGCCCGGCUCGUGAAUGCACCUGUUUCAUGCC